AUGGUUACUGUAAUUGUAGUGGUGGUUACCGGAAUGGCGCUGGGCAAUGGCUACGUGAACGAGGCGCUCAAUAUCGAUACGUCGAUCAGAUACGCGUACGGUCAUGGAAUUAUCGAUGAAAAGGCGUGGACCACCCUGGAGAACGAAUGCUGUCAUGGCUGUAUUGAGACGUGUGAUUUGACGCAGGUGACUGGUCACUGCGCUCGAAUGGUCGAGGACAUUUUUCAAUUCCUUUGGUUCGGUGGCUUGAAUCCAUAU